GAUAAAAGGGAAAUUUCACGGACAAACUUCUUCGCUCUCACUCUCUCUUUGUUCCAUUUUUGCAGUGAGUUGACUCAUUCGAUUCCGAUCCAUGGCCGCCGUUGUCCAUCCGCACGACUCGCUUUCCCCCGAACAACAGAGCCCAGAGAAAGAUGCUGUGCCGCCUCCAAAAUCCGAUUCUCCCCAGUCGGAAAAAUCGGAUCUGAAGCCGGGGACUUAUGUAAUCCAGAUCCCCAAAGACCAAGUUCUCCGCGUCCCGCCGCCGGAGAACGAGAAACGCUUCCAGCAACUCUCCAAGCGCAAGCCUGGCCGUAGUAAAUGCCGCCGGUGCUUCUGCUUCUUCUUGGCCACACUAUUCGUUUUCCUACUUGCGGUGGGUAUUGCUGCCGGUGUUUUCUACUUGGUGGUCAGACCCAAAUUGCCAGAGUACUCUGUCGAGAGUCUAGCCAUUGAGGGGUUUAAUCUGACGUCAUCGUCGCCAUUCUCCCCGGAAUUCAACGUCACCGUCCAUGCUAACAACCCAAAUAACAAAAUCGGGAUAUACUACCAGAAAGACAGCUCCGUUAGAGUUUAUUAUGACGACAUCAACAUCUGCAGCGGCUCUCUGCCGGUGUUCUACCAGCCGACAAACAAUGUGACGGUGUUUAACAUGGCGUUAAAGGGGUCUGGGCUGGAGUUGACUAGCACGAUGCAGACGGGGCUUCAGGAGGAAGAAAACAAGGGGGCAGUGCCGUUUAAGUUAAAGUUUAGAGUGCCGGUGAAAAUCAAGGUGGGGGCUGUCAAGACGUGGACGAUCACCGUUAAGGUGAGGUGCGAUAUAUCGGUGGAUAAGUUGACGGCCGCGUCGAAGAUGGUGUCAGAGCAUUGUGAAUACGGCGGCGUGGAUCUUUGGUAGCAAAUGUGGAAGUCUUUGGUAAAUGUUGUAUCAUGAUGAUUAUCGUUAUUUUUUCUGGUCUUGUAACAUAUAUGAUACUAUAAAAUUUUAAUAAGAUUACUAAUUUUUUUUUUUUUAUAGUUAAAAAAUAUUACUUCAUCCG